UGUUUCUGUUGAACCAGUUAGUUGUGCUUCGAGGGUCUCAAUGGCUUCACACACCCCAAGCAUGUCUGUGCUUGCUUAUUAGGUCAGGGUCAUGGUACCAAUGACGUGCUAUUUUCAGCUCCACAAUUUGGAGCAUUAGUGCGGUUCCUCGAAUGUCCAUGUGAAUUACAGUGAGCUGCUGAGCGGCACUGUGCCCGAUUCCCCAAGAUCCGUGACAGUUAGCACUCCCUAAAUGCGCUAGUGUGAGCCCGACUUUGACGAUGCCGCUUCGAGGCGACCAGGGCGUGUUCGAGCAACCGCGUAUCUCUCGUCGUUGCUGCUAGCAUCAGCACGUCUCCUUAUAGGGUUCCUACGCCAUACGCAGGAGCCAUCCGUCAGUAUUUAUCGAUCUUCCAUAGGCCUUCUGAGUGCAAACUUCGCGGCGUUCUGCUACGACGAGACGUGUCCUGUGACGGCCUUACGAACGCAACGGCAGUCUGAUUAUUUCACUAAAACGCGAUGGGAAGCACGCCACAGGACGUGCUUCAGCUGCAGCAGCUGCUGCAGGAGCUGCAGCGGCAGCAGGGAAACCAGCAGAACCAGCAGCGUCGCCAGCCGGAGCAGCAGCAGCAGCAGCAGCAGCAGCAGCAACGGCAGGCACCACAGGCAUCCCAGUCAGCGCAGCAGCCGCCGCCGCAGCAGCAGCAGCAGCGCGCGUCUCCCCAGGACCAGCAGCUACAGACGGUGUUACACGAGCUCACCUCCCUUCUCGGCGGUGCUGCCGCCUCUAACGCCGCCGCCGGCGGAGUGGCUUCCCCCCAUUCCCCCCUCUCCUCCAUGAACCUUCAGGUGCAGCUCCGCUCCGCGGACGCGUCCGCGCGCACGCCAACCUCCCCCGUGUCCCCCUUUUCCAUGGGCGGAACUGCUUCCCCCGGACUGGACCAGCUUAUCGCCAGCGUCACCCGCGCGGGGCAGCAGGGGCAGCAGGGGCAGUCCCUAGCCAGCCUGGCUGCGGCUCUCGGCGGGCUUGGCGGAGGGCGCGGGGGGGGAAGGGCUGGCGGGGCGGGCGGGGUAGGCGGGGCGGGGGGAGGGGGAGGCGCGGCAAGCGCGGCGGCGAUCGCCGCGGCGUUGGGAGCACUGGCGGCGCCUGGCACGCCCGGAACGCCGAGCACCCCGCCGUCUCCCUCCGUGCAGGACAUAGUCGCGAGGCUACAGCUCCUAGCGGAGCUGCAAGCCGUAACAGGCGUGGCGCAAUCGCCCUCCACCCCUCCGAACCCCCUCCUACAGCAGCAGCAGCAACAGCAGCGGCAGCAGCAGCAGCAGCGGCAGCAGCAACUGGGGCAGCGGUUGCCGCCGCAGCAGCCGCAGCGGCAGCAGACGGACGAGCAGCAACAGCAGCAACAGUUGCUGGAUCAGCUCGUAACCGCGCUCACCGGAGGAGGGGGGGGAGGGGGAGGAGGAGGAGGAGGGGGGGGACGAGGAGGUGCGGGAGGAGGAGGUGCGGGAGGAGGACGUGCGGUAGGAGGAGGAGGAGGAGCAGGAGGAGGAGUGGGUGCGGUUGCGGAUUCCCCGAGACAGAACGCGUUGCUGAAUCAGUUGCUGGGCGCGCUAGGCCAGGCCACAGCACCGCGGGGAACGCCCCCGCAGCCCCGUCCGCGGCAGCAGCAGCAGGCGCAGCUGUCCCCGCUUCAUCCCCCCCGGCCCGGGGGAGGCCCUCCCCCUGCGGCUGCGGCAGCUGCUGCGGCGGCGCUAGCUGCGGCGGCGGGAGGGGGGGAGGGGGACAAGUAUGGCGUGCUGGAUAUGCUGCUGUGCGAGGCUCUGACGGCUAGGCUGCAGGGAAAAAGCCCCUCCGCGCCCCCCAACCCAGCCCCCUUGGAGCGCCGCCAGUCCUCUUCGCGGAACCCCAACUGGAAGGCAGGCGCGGGGGGACCUUCCAAAGGGGGCGUGGGGGGAGGGGGAGGGGAAGGCGCAGGGGGGCUGGGCGGGGGGAAGGGCGGAGCGGAUGAGGGGAUGGGGGUGGGCAUGGGCAGGGCGGAUAGCGCCCCUGAGGCAUCCGCGUUUAGCGCCAGUCAGGAUAGCAGCACAAGACCAGCAGCAGAGGCGGCAGAAGCAGGGGGAGGGGGAGGCGGAGCAGGGGGGGGAGGGGCGGGCGCGGACGGUGCUAGAAAGAGCUUUGGAGGGUCAAAACCCGCCUCCCAGCAGCAAGGGUUUGCGCACUCCCCCGCCUCCCCUGGUCGGGGGCUUGAUCUUCCGCGCUCCCCCACCUCUACCGCCUCCCCUAGGGGCGGAAGUGACUCCCAGGGGGAUCUGCUGCAACAGCUGCUACAGCAGAAGCAGCAGCAGAUGCGCCAGCAGGGGGGGGGGGGGGAGGCGGGGGAGGGGGAACGGGGGCGCUUGGGGGGAGCCAGCAGCGGCAGAUGGGGGGGAAGCAGGCGCAGAGCAGCAGCAGCGGUGGGGGAAUAGGCGGUGGGGGCAGCAGCGGUGGCGGAAAGGGCGCUAUGUCUGUGGAGGAGAAGGUACUUGCGGAGCUGGUAGCAGCGGCGGCGGCGGGGAAGGGGAAGGUGGGGGAGGCGUGGGGGUCGAUUCUCGCGCAGGCGCAAGCAGACCUGGGGAACAUCGAGCUCUCUGAUUCGCUGGGCGUGGAAGGGGGAGCUCCUGGGGGGAAGGGCGGCGGGAGAAACGG